AUGAAUAAACUAGAAGAACCCACUGAAAAUAACGAUGUACUUUCUUGUCCAGUAUGCGAUAAAAGGUUUCAAAAAGAAGUUAUAGAACAACAUGUAAACAAGUGCCUUUUUCUAAAUUCUUUAUCAAGCAAUCAAUCGAAAAGGAAUAGUUCUCAUUUAGAAGAAAGUUUUCACCACAAGAAAACUAAAAUUGAUAUAAGUCCAGUUAGUAGUACAUCUACAUCGAAGGAUUUCCAACCAAUGAAAUCUAAGUCAUCAUUGAAAGACAAAAUAAUUUCUUCAGUUCCAAAUGACCAUAAAAAUAUUCCAUUGGCAGAAUCUAUGAGGCCUAACUGCCUUGAUGAUAUUGUUGGACAAGUUCAAUCAUUUGGUACAGGAUCUAUGUUACAUUCUAUGUUAGUAAAGAAAAAAAUACCUAAUAUGAUAUUAUGGGGACCACCUGGAUGUGGGAAGACAUCAAUAGCUAAUGUUAUAUCAAAUAUUUGUAAAGAGCUAAAUAAUAUGCGUUUUGUGAAGCUAUCUGCAACUAUGUCUGGUAUAAAUGAUGUGAAAGAAGCUGUAAAGAUAGCUAAGAAUGAAGCCCAAUAUCAGAGGCAAACUGUUAUGUUUAUGGAUGAGAUACAUAGAUUUAACAAAUUACAACAAGAUACAUUUUUACCACAUGUGGAGAAUGGUACAAUAACAUUAAUUGGUGCAACAACAGAGAAUCCAUCAUUCAGUUUAAACAAUGCCCUGCUGAGUCGCUGUAGAGUCAUUGUUCUCAACAAGUUAACAAUAGAUGAAGUAUGGCAAAUAUUAGAAAGGGCUGUUAUAAGAAAUAAUUUGGCUGUGAUAGUUGAUAACUUAGAUGAUAAGGCUAAAAGUGAAUGUGAUAAAGAAAAAUAUAUAAUAGAAAGAAAAUCUAUUCGCUGGCUAGCAGAAGUUUGCGAUGGAGAUGCGCGGGUCGCACUCGGAGCUUUAGAGCUUGUGCUUAAUGCAGGUCCCUCUGUUUCAACACAUACCACUUCAAAGUUUAUAAGCUUGGAAGAUAUGAAAAAUGGAAUUAAGCGUUCGCACAUACUGUACGACCGGCAAGGCGAAGAGCACUACAACGUCGUGUCAGCCAUACACAAGUCAAUCCGCGCGAGCGACGACAACGCCGCGCUGUACUGGACGACGCGCGCGCUGCACGGGGGCGAGGACCCGCUGUACGUCGCGCGGCGGCUCGUGCGCGCCGCGGCGGAGGACGUUGGCUUAGCCGACCCAAGCGCGUUAGUGGAAGCGGUGUCCUGCCUGCAAGGCUGCCAGCAGGUGGGCAUGCCGGAGUGCGACGUGCUGCUCGCGCAGUGCGCCGUGCGCCUCGCGCGCGCCGACAAGAGCCAAGCCGUGUACCGCGCGAUGCGGCGCGUGCAGCAGGGCCUGGCGGAGGGCCCCUUGCCCCCUGUGCCCUUGCACCUGCGCAAUGCACCCACUAAGCUUAUGAAGGAUUUAGGAUACGGUAAAGGAUAUAAUUUGAGACAUCGUGACCAAUCCGGGCUCAGUUAUAUGCCUGAAGGUUUGGAAAACAUUCAUUUUUUUGAUGAAGAUGCACCUGGA